AAGUGCUAGCAUUGCGGCCAUUCGUCCGGCCGACUCCGACCGACUCCCUGACCCGACGGCCGACGCGCAACGCAACUUCGUCAUCUGCGUCGUUCCAUCCCACGUUAAUUGAUCAGGCGACUGAUAGUGAUUGAAUGCGAUUUGCAGUCGGCCAAGAUAAGGCGCCGCAUUGGAGAUGCAAACAAUCAAGUGCGUAGUUGUGGGAGAUGGUGCGGUAGGUAAAACCUGCCUGCUGAUCUCCUACACUACCAAUAAAUUUCCCUCCGAAUAUGUACCUACUGUAUUCGACAAUUAUGCAGUAACAGUAAUGAUCGGAGGAGAUCCCUACACCCUGGGAUUAUUUGACACAGCUGGUCAGGAAGAUUAUGAUCGGCUGCGUCCUCUAAGCUAUCCACAAACGGAUGUUUUUUUAGUCUGUUUUUCAGUUGUAUCGCCUUCAUCAUUUGAAAAUGUGAAAGAAAAAUGGGUACCAGAAAUAACACAUCACUGUCAAAGGACUCCAUUCCUGCUGGUAGGCACUCAAGUUGAUUUAAGAGACGACGUUGCUACUAUUGAAAAACUAGCAAAGAACAAGCAAAAGCCUAUAUCAGUGGAGCAGGGAGAAAAACUUGCAAAGGAACUGAAGGCCGUGAAGUACGUCGAAUGCAGCGCUCUUACUCAGAAAGGCUUGAAGAAUGUAUUUGACGAAGCAAUUUUAGCUGCACUGGAGCCACCAGAGCCUCCGAAGGGUAGAAAGUGUUUCCUUCUGUAAAAAGCACUAGUCGAUUUUUCAGCCAGCCAUGUGUGAAUAGGAAUGCACUCGAAGCCGCUGUGUUCGUCGCCACAACAGCGAAUGUCUCUCGCGCGGCUAAUUAAUCAUGAUUAUACGACAUCGGCGAGAGACAGACACAUUCCGCAAUUUUGAAAAAGUAUAGUAGAGAUUUUUGAGACUUAUUAAGCUCAUAGUUCGAUGGAUCGUUGGAUCGUCGAUUUUUAUCGAAUUUUUCGAAUUUUUCCAUAUAAAAACUUAUGAGGUACACAAGCAUAUACUUAUUCGUAAACAUAAGCGGUGAUUCGCAUCUUCUGACAAAGUCUGCCUAAUAUACACCAAGAAUCGCAAUGAAAUUUCUGGGACCGUGUAUAGCUCUUUCUUGCAUUUGGCGAAGGGAUUUACAGAACAAAAGCAAAUCGCCAGCACCAUGGACUGAUUUAAAAAGGUGAUAGAAUCGUUGCUCGCGAAUUGCAGUAACGAGUAACAAGUACUGCGCAAGUCUGCCAGGAGAAUGGUAAAGAUCAUAUAACAUAAUGUCGUCAGCGUUUCGGUAACUUUUAGCUCCAUUCAUUAUUGAGAUUUUAUUCGUGGAAAGUCUGCAGACAGUAUUCAAUUUUGCAUUCGAAAUAGUUGUCGAGAAAUCGCAAUUUUAAGACCGGGGAAGAUUAUUGUAUUUGUUGAUAUACACACCUUUAUAUCAAUGCAAAACCGUUUUUUUUUUUAACCUAUAUAUACUUGAAAGAAAAUUAGAAUUUAUUUGUAUGGCCCGUAUACACGGCACUGUUAUGUAUCGAAUAUUCUUAAAUAAACAUUAAAUUACAUUUGUA